AUGGAAGAUUAUACGGCUUUGGUGCUUGACAAUGGGUCUGGUAUGUGCAAGGCUGGUUUCGCAGGUGAUGAUGCUCCUCGUGCUGUUUUCCCUUCCAUUGUGGGCCGGCCACGACAUCAUGGAAUCAUGAUCGGAAUGGGCCAGAAAGACUCCUACGUUGGAGACGAGGCCGAGUCAAAGCGCGGUGUCCUUACUCUGAGGUACCCUAUUGAGCACGGCAUUGUGACGAACUGGGAUGAUAUGGAGAAGAUCUGGCACCAUACAUUCUACAACGAGCUUCGUGUGGCGCCUGAGGAGCACCCUGUCCUCCUGACCGAAGCUCCAAUUAACCCAAAAUCGAAUCGGGAGAAGAUGACCCAGAUCAUGUUCGAGACCUUCAACUCACCAGCCUUCUACGUUUCUAUUCAGGCAGUCCUGUCACUCUACGCCUCGGGAAGAACUACUGGCAUUGUCCUUGAUUCAGGUGAUGGCGUUACCCAUCUAGUUCCCAUCUACGAGGGCUUUGCCAUUCCACACGCAAUCUCUCGGAUUGAUAUGGCUGGCAGAGAUUUGACAGAUUACAUGAUGAAACUGUUGGCUGAACGUGGCUACACGUUUUCGACUACCGCUGAGCGGGAGAUUGUCCGUGACAUCAAGGAGAAACUCGCGUAUGUUGCGCUCGACUACAAUCAGGAGAUUGAGACUGCGGCACAAAGUUCGGCUGUAGAGAAGAACUAUGAGCUCCCAGACGGACAGGUCAUCACAAUUGGCAAUGAACGCUUCCGCACCCCCGAAGCAUUCUUUCAACCUGGUGUUCUCGGACUCGAAUCCGGCGGGAUUCAUAGUACAACUUUCAACUCAAUUAUGAAAUGCGAUGUCGAUAUCCGCAAGGAUCUAUAUGGAAACAUCAUUAUGUCUGGAGGCACUACAAUGUACCCAGGCAUUGCCGACCGGAUGCAGAAAGAGAUAACGAACCUGGCCCCUUCAUCUAUGAAAGUCAAGGUCAUUGCUCCUCCGGAACGCAAGUACUCGGUUUGGAUCGGUGGCUCUAUUCUUGCUUCCCUCUCGACGUUCCAGCAGAUGCGGAUCACAAAACAAGAGUAUGAUGAGAGUGGCCCGGCUAUUGUGCACCGCAAGUGCUUCUAGAAUGCUCGAC